UAAUGGCCUCAUUAUGCUUGUCAAUAAUUAUGACAAUUAUCACAAGUGUCAUUAUAAAAAGUAAUAAUUGCGAUGGAGCAAGAAUAUUGGGACUGUUUCCAUUGAAUGCAAAAAGUCAUUUUAUCUUGGGCGAGCAAAUUAUGAAAAUUCUCGCAAAAAAUGGCCAUCAGGUAGACGUUGUGAGUCACUUUCCACAAAAAGAACCGGUUCUCAACUAUCGAGAUCUUAGUUUACAAGGAUCGAUAAAGGAUGAAACGAAUAAUAUGAGCUAUGAUAGACUUGAAUUUUUAUCGCCAAUUUCACUUGUUCCCGAAAUUGCAAAUACAACCGGAAAUAAUAUUUGUAAAUUAAUUCAACAUCCAAUAUUGAGAAGUAUCAUUCAAAAUCCACCAAAAAAUCCGCCAUAUGAUCUCGUUAUUGUCGAGAUAUUUACAGCUCCAUGUUACUUUGCAUUUGCUCGACAUUUAAAAGUUCCCAUGAUAGGAUUAAUAACGUCAGUGAUACAAGAGUGGCAAAAUGAAUUGUUGGGAAAUCCCGAUAGUUUUUCAUUCGUUCCAGGGGGAUUUACAGGACUAAGUUUAGGAGGAAAAAUGAAUUUUCCCCAACGUCUUUUAAAUACACUAAUGGGUAAUUUAAUAAAACAACAAUUUCACUAUUACACUGCUGAUCAAGAAAAAUUUAUCGAUCAAUAUUUUGGACCCGGAUUUCCAUCCAUUCGAAAUCUCUCCACCCAAUUUUCUCUUGUAUUUGUAAACUCUCAUUACACUUUAAAUGGAAUAAGACCACUAACACCAAGUAUUAUUGAAAUUGGAGGAGUUCACAUUCAAGACAAUGAAGAAAAAUUGUCACCGGAUCUUCAAGAAUGGUUGGAUGGCAGUAAAGAUGGAUGCGUUUAUAUGUCAUUUGGCUCUAUGGUGAAUAUAGAAACAUUUCCCAACGAAACAUUAAAUGCAUUUUAUGUGGCUUUUAGAAAAAUUGCACCGGUUCGAAUUUUACUAAAAGUUGGAAAUGAGAAAAAAUUACCAUCCGGUCUUCCCAACAAUGUCAAAACUAAUUCCUGGUUCCCUCAAAUUCAAAUUCUGAAACACAAAAACGUGAAAGCAUUUGUAACUCACGGUGGACUACUUGGAAUAUUAGAAUCAAUUUACUCGAAAGUUCCAAUUAUUGGUUUCCCACUGUUUGGAGAUCAAUAUUACAAUCUCAAAGUUUGUGAGGAAAAAAAAUUUGCAAUUUCCCUAAAUUAUGACAGAUUUAAGGAAAAUGAUUUUACCGAGGCUUUGAAUACAGUUCUAAAAAAUUCCUCCUACAGGAAAAAUAUUGCAAAUUUUUUAAGACUUUAUUACGAUCGACCAAUAAGUUCACAGGAUAGUGUAAUUUUUUGGGUACACUAUGUUUUACGACAUGGAAAUAUUUUACGAUCACCUGCUGUAAAUUUGUCCUGGUAUCAGGUUGAACUUUUGGACGUUUAUGCUUUUCUCUUGUUUAGUUCAUUACUCUUAAUUUAUAUCUUUUUCUUAAUUAGUCGAAAGCUCACUAUACUCAUUUAUCGAGCGAAGAAAUUCGAUAAUGCAAAAAUCAUGCCAAAGAAACAAAAAUAACUGUUUUAGAAUAAUAUUGAGAGAAUAAAGAAAAUUACACAUUUUAAAA